AUGGGCAUUCUCAACGCCGAAGAACUCACCGCUUUCCGUACCGCCCUCGCAUCUACAAUCCUCUUCCAGAAGCGCGAGCACGUGCACACCAUCACAGUCUUCGGCGCGGGCAAGCAAGCAUACUGGCACAUCCGCCUGGCUCUACUCUUCAAGGGAGACCAGAUCAAGCACGUCAACAUCAUAAAUCGCAGCAUGGACCGAUCCGUGCGGCUGAUGUCGCAAUUCCAACCACAAGACGGCGAAAAGCUGCCCUGGCGGUCUGACGUCAAGUUCUCAGCCUUGUCACCCGACUUCGGCGAGUACGGCCGUCUGCUAAAAGAGCAAGUGCGCAAAGCAGACGCGAUCUUCUGCUGCACACCGUCUACUACACCACUAUUCCCACCCGAGUUCCUGACGAGUCACAACGGGCAGAGGAAGGGGAGGUAUGUCUCCGCGAUCGGCAGCUAUGCGCCGCAUAUGCUAGAACUCCACCCAGACGUCCUGAAGCACGCAACGGACACCUUGCCAGAAAGUCACGCAGGACACAUACACGGCCACGGCAUGCCGCACUUCAAGGCCGCGAAGAAGCAAGGCGUCGUCAUUGUCGACACGCUGGAAGGAAGCAUGAAGGAGGCCGGAGAAGUCAUUCAAGCGAAGCUGAAGCCGGAGCAUCUGGUGGAGGUAGGCGAGUUGUUGAUGAUCAAGAAGAGCGUGAUGAAAGAGUUGGAGUUGGGCACUGGAGCUGGAGAGAAGGAGCUCAAGGAUUGGCUGGUCAGUGGUAAUGUGGUUUAUAAGGGCGUGGGGCUUGGGUUGAUGGAUUUGAGCGUGGGCGAAGGGGUGGUCAGGUUGGCGAGGGAGAGAGGUGUUGGGGUUACUAUUGAGGAUUUCUGA